ACUAACAACAACAACCGUGUGUACACUCAAUAACCGUGUCGCAUAUAUAAGAGUAGCGUCAACCUCGCAUCUCCCCGCACCGCGAAUCGAGCUGUAUCGUGUCGUGUCGUGUCGUGGAUAUUGAGGGUUUUCGUUUUUAUUUAAUUUUUCAUAAGAGCAGCCGCACAUUAUUAUGUCAAGCGGUCGCAGUGCACGCUUGCCACCCACACCCGCCGUCGCCACCGCAGCCGCAGCCGCCGCCGCUGUCAAUUCCACCACAGCCACAGCGAAUAAGCCACGAGCCAUACACAAUACACUGCCCGAACCGAAUAGCAACAAUGUGUUGCCCCACAGCGCUUACAGCCACAUCAAGAACAAUAGCAACAAUAGCAAUAACGGUAUUAGUAUGGUUGGUGUUAGUGGAGGCAAUAUUGGUAGUGUUGGUGGCAUGCCAAUGAUGAUGAGUGGUGGUGGUGUUGGUGGUUAUACGAAUUUUUGUGUUGGCAUGAAUACGCAUAGUGGUGGUGUUAUUGGUGGCACCACAUUGGGUGGUGUUGCUAGUGUUGGUGGUGGCGGCAGUAUUUCAACUAUCGAUGCUGCCACCGAGGGCAUACCCAGUGAAACUAUCGAUGCACUUGGGCCCGAGUUGGCCGUGGCCACAUCACAAGUACUCGAGAAUUUAUCGGAGGCGGAACGUAAAAUGAUAAUCGAAGUUUUGAAUCGGGAUGAGAAUGUGCGACAACGCGAUGCUACACGUAUAAUGGAGUUACAAGCGACCUCCUCUAGCGGCGGCGGCGAGUGGAUAAAGGACUAUACGAGCGGUUCGAGUGGCGCUGUCGAUCAUUUGCCCACGACGGAUGUGUUGCGGCGCAGUAUACGACGUUCUUGGACAAUAUCAAAUCCCGAAGACGAUACGAAUAAUCAAAACCCCCAAAAUCCCGUCGGCGACAAUCUCUAUCCACAGCAAAAGAAUCUUAUCGAUUCACAAUCGGCCGGUAGCUACCCCUCACUUAUACGCCAACCCUCACAGCAGCAACGCCCACACCACGCCGCGUAUCAGAGCGGAAGUGCGAGCGGUAUUAGCGGCGUCGGUAUCACACAUCCACCGCAAGCGCCAAACGAAUAUUUGGUGAAUUCACAGCGUCGCGUCCUACGACAAUCGACCCUACCGAGUUCGCUGCCCAACAACGAUCCGAAUCUCAGUGGUAGUGGCGCCAAUUUGGCUAAUUAUAAUUACGUGAACCUCACAGCCCCCACUUCGCCACAUCAGAUGCAAAGGAGUCCGAUUUAUCCGAGCGCCUACAAUAGUGAUGACGUCAUACACAUGAGUGCGCCUGAAUGUGAUAAUUAUACGCAGCAGCAACAGCAACAGCAACCGAUGAAUAUACAGCAGCCACAGCAGCAGCAACAACAACAACAACAGCCACAGCCGCAGAGUGUGAUAAAUCCCCAAUCGCACCAUCGCCUACAGGUGCGCAGACAAUCCACACUCCCGGCUAACCCCUGCCAACCGCCCAUGUAUUUAUCCACAUCGCCGAAUCGCCCAUACAGUCGCUCGCCGGAACGUUCACCGGGCGAACAACGUUAUCCUCCAUUCAUGCGUCAAACCUCCUUCCCGUGCAAUAUGUCGGAGCCACCAACGCAACAACACCAAGUGCAUCUAAAUUUAGGCACUACACCGUCAAACCAAGCAUAUCCGAGAAAGUUGCUGCCCACCUCACCCAACUAUCAGGGCUCGAUUAUGUACCAGCCCACGCAGCAGCCACAGCCACAGCCACAGCCGAUGCAAGUAAAUUACGACCCUCAGACAGGACAAACGCAGCCGGCAGAUGAGUUGGACUACACACAAGUAGGGCCGAAACCACGCAUGUUGCGUCAGGCCACCUUACCUAACCCCGAUCAGCAUGUCAAAUUGCUGCCCACCUCGCCACCAAAGCGUCAGACCUCACCGCAAUAUCGACGUUCGCCGGAGUUCAUGCGCCAACAGACCUUACCGAAUCCGGAAGCUUUCACCGGCAACUCACUCUCCGUGCCGUCAGGACAGCAACCUGCUAAAUUUAUGCCACUGUCACCACGACACAAGCAGAAUUUCCUAUUCCCAAACGUGCAGAAUCCGCGUCAAUUCUUGUCGCAACAGCAUGUGCCGGCAGUUGGCGCGGGAAGCGGUGAAGUGAACACGAGUGCUAACAGUACCGGCGAACAUUAUUCGAGUAGUCAAAGUGUGAACAUACAGUCGAGGGAUCAUGCCAAAAUGAUGAAGGUGCGCAGUCACAGCAAUGAGGAGUACUCGAUCACGAAGCCACACCACGCAGAGAAUCGACGUCUAUUACCGGAAAUACCAGUUAAUCGAUCGUCGAGCCGCUCUCCCAGUCGCUUAGUGCGUCAGGAAUGUGUCAAAGAUGAUCGCGGUAAUGCGCAGGAUCCAAGUGGACGGACUUUUGGCGAAGCUAAACAACAGUUCAAUCCGUUUUCAAAUCUCACCGAAGACGCAGAUAAUCGCCCCGAGUAUAUGGAUUACUUUGGCGAUAGCACUAACAGUUUCCUCGAGGCCGACGAGGUGCAGUAUGAGAAGAACUACAACGCGGGCUUUAGCAGUGAACCACGUAUCAUAUACAAUGACGGCUCUGAUGAUGGCAGCUAUACGCAAUACUCGCAGCGUCCCAUUGUGCAUAGCGCUGAAAACGUGCUCAUGCACGAUCAGAACUACAGCUACUAUGGUCCGGAUGGUGGUUUGAGUGGUCAGCCUCUCUCCACCCCUGCUUUGAGUGCCAGCGGUGGCGCGCUGCCUCGUACCCCACAAAUGCACAAUCGUCUACGUCGUCGACAAUCACGUGAAUUAGAAAUGCAACAGGAAGAAUUGGCCCAUCUAAAUAGGCAAACUGCAGGAACUGUCACUACAGUAGAGACCAAAGCUACAAGUGGCAUCGGCGCAGUAAAUGGCACAGUGAUAGCCGCUAACGGCGAAGCACAUGAGUCGAAGGAACGCCGCAAACCCGAGCAGAUGCGUUCAAUUUCUGAAGAUUCCGGUGCAAAGACGAGUCCACUAAAAAACGUACCAAGACGCUCCCUAUCACAUCCCGAAAAAGAGACCCAGGCUAGCAAAAAAGUUGAACCCACGAAAAUACCAAGUCCAAGACCCUUGGCUGAUAUUUUAGAUAAGACACGAAAUAAUACGAAAAUACCAACACCGCGACGACGCAAUAGUCGUGGCACGAACGGUGCAGAUGCAGAAGAUGGCACCACCAACAAACCAUAUACAAACGAAAGGCGAAAUUCCGAUUUAUCCCUCAAGUCUGCACAUGCAAAUAAAAAACACGAACAACAACAAGAACAAACCAACAAUAUAAAUGAACAAAAAACACAAUUAACGCAUACAAAGGAGAAUGGUAAUAACAGGAAAUCACCGUUGCAACAAAAGGAUUUGCUAAAUGAAAGCAACAAGAACAACAACAGCAAUAGCAACAACAACAACAACAGCGGCAUUGAUCAAACAAAAAAUGCUGAUGAAAAGGAAAAAGAAAAGAAAUCUACCAUCAACAAUGAUACUGAAAUGGAGGAGAGUAAAAAUAAAGAUGCCGAUGCUAAAGUAGAUGGCAAAGCAACAACAAUGACCAAGCAACACACAACCACCUUGGGUGAACAAGAAAUUCAAAAUGCCGUCGAGGCUGCCGCUGUCAUAUUCAAAAAGGUUGUACUCCAACGUCGGCAGGAGAAAAAGGCAGCUGAGGAGGAUGCCUACGACAUGGAGACUUCAUCGGAACUGGAAUUCAAAUCGAUUACAUUCAAUCACCAACAUUACAAUGUGGACGCCGAGGAAUUCAAGCUUGUGUUCAUCAACUCACCCGACUCUUCGUCCUCCUGUUCCGGCUCCGGCAAGGAUGAGGGCGAGUUCGAAGAUAGUAGUUCCACCACUUCAUCCACACACAACUACAGCAGUAUUACCAUUGAUGAUUGUGACUGGGACUACUUUGAGCCGUCAAUGAUUUGCACUAGCGGCUCCAUAACAAAACAAAUCUUCUAUUCACCUUGUGCCUCACCGAUGGUCACGCGUCGUAGCGUCGUAAAGCGUGAUUGCCACAAGUCUAGCGAGAGCACCGCUUCGCCCGCCGAAUCACCAUUGCUAUACCGCAAAUCACUUGCGUACUGUCCGCGCAUACGGGAAAGUGACACAGGCACCGAUGAGGAGCUACUCAUGCAAGGUGAAAGUUCUUCACAAACCAGCUCUGAUGGUUGUUUUGUGCGUGGCGCAAUGGUCGGCGGUCCGACUGGUCGACAGCCGCAGCAAACGCAGUAUCACCAACAACAACCACAGCAGCCACAACAUCAUCAUUUGAGCAUGAAGACACGCAUCAAAACGCGUUUUGUCGGCAGCAAAGAAAGUAAGCAUCACCGACAGCACCACCAUCAUCACAAUGCAACCGCCGCUGCGUCCAAACAUGUGCCAGAGCCACCAGCAGGCGGCAUCUGUAGUUGUGGUGGCACCGCCAAAGUAUCACUGGCGGCACCUAACGCCCCUCUGCCGCAAACACAACCGCAGUAUGUACCCAUACCGGUACCCGUACCCAUACCCGUGCCCAUGGCCGCUUUUCAUAACUGGCACCCACAAGAGCUUUUGAAGGGCGCACAGUCUGUAAGUCACACGGACGUAUUGCAUAUAAUGGAUCAAGAUGAACAACUACGCGCUUCACUCCAAAAGCUUUGGUGUACCGCCGGACCGCCUGGUUUGACGGUAGAGACGAGCGAGGCGACCAGCAAUUUGCAAGCUGCCGCGGCAGCUGCCGUUGUGGCCGCCUACUCGAAUGCAGCCAAUUACCAACAGCUGGGCAAUAGAGUAGGCAAAAGUGCUGAGCUUUUAGGUGCUGAUGAGGCUGAAGGCGCUGGCUGCACUGCUCCGCCAUUGCUGGGUAUGCAUACCAGACUGGCGCGCGCAGGUUUCAAAUCUUCGACGCCAGAGCUAAGCGCCUCGAUGUACUCGCAAGGCUCGUCGUCGGGCUACGGUACAACAGCGACGACGGCGGGUAGUUUGGAAACGUUGACUAGCAGUGGAUUGGGUGAAUUUGGUAGUUUGAGCCGGUUUGCGACUAUGAGCCAACAUGCCUUGCAACACCAACAGCAGCAGCAGCAGCAGCAACAGCAAGCAUACUACUAUAAUAGCCACAACAUAGGCAUACCAGCAGACAUCAACAAUAUUGCAGUUAACAAGCCACUCUACUAUACCACAGACAGCACUAACAACAGCGGUAGCAAAAACAAACAAAACACCACCGCCAACGAUAUACAUAGUCACGGCUCGCCGCAGUCUACAUUGGGCUUGCACGAACCACCAAUAUUAGUAGUAACAAAACCGUCGACGCGUUCGAAUCGUAUACAUAGUGAGUCGGAUCCGCACGUUUUCGGCGCAGAGAAUGCGUGUGAAACACUAGAAACUGAGACGCCCACAUUCUGUAAUGAAAGAGAUGGCCGAGGUAUAGCAAAGCUCUAUCAAUAUACCGAUAAUAAUAGAAGAGCCCGCAGCGCUACGGGCAGAGUCACCGAUAAACAACAGCCCUUGCAAGCUAACAUUGGAUUUUCAACAAAUUCAUUAGCUGAUAAGGGCACAGAGCACGUUCGCGGAGCUCGUGUGGGUAGACGGGAAAAGGAACUAGCUGCGGACUGGCAGCUUUUAGCGAAUAGUUGUGCGUCAACUACUGGCGACAGCUCUAGCCAGCACUUCUCAGAAUACAGCGAACAACAGCAGCAGCAGCAGCAGCAGCAACAACCAGCAAAAACAGCUGCUGUAAAAGGCGAGGAGUCAAACGAGUUUGCGUAUUUGCGAGAAAAACUUGCAGGCUUGCAGGUAAACCAAGACGAAGCAGCGCGCGGAUCAAGCAACAAAAACAAUAGCAAAAACCAGAAAACAAAAACUUAUCUUAAAAGCAGUCACAUAGGCAAAGAUUGGCGGGGCGAAGAGGCAACGACGACGUCUCGGCCUCCAUCACCAUCUCCGUCGCAAUCGUCAUCGUCAUCGCCAACGUUUGGUCGGAGUGACCAGAAUAUAAAGCAAACAAACGCAAACAAAACCGCUUCGCUAGUCAAGCAAGUUGUGAAGCCCACAAUAAUAACAACAACAGCGGCCAAACCAUCCACCAUACCUAUAGCUUUGCCAAGAACAACAACAGCUGCGACAACACCAAGAGGUGUACACACAAAACGAAGUCGAGAAAUAGAUUUUGAAGUCGUCGACUCUGUAGAGGCAGCGGCAGCAGCAGCUGCGGCGCGUAGCCGAAGUUUAAGUGGCGAUCGUUUAGUGGUGACCGCAGCACAUUGCUAUGGUGACGACGCGGAGGGCGCUGCAAACGAGCGUAGAGCCGAGAAACGCGACGCUGCCAGUGAGCAAUGCUUGAACACAGUAGGUCCAGCACCAUGCUGUCGUCACUUGGUUGGUGGUGAAGAAGAGGAAGAAAACCAGACGACAACAGAAAGCAGACAAAAUCAAUAUAAGGUAGCGAGAUACAACAAAAAUAACAACAGACAGAAUAAUACCAGCCCAGCUGUAAGAACUCGUUUGUCGACCAGAACUGAGACGGUGAGCACUUAUAGUAGUCCAACAGCCACCACCAGCGACGAUUAUAAUAAACACGACGUCUCUAUUCGUAGAGGUUUUAGCCGCACAGACGCAAGCGCGGACGUUGGUGAGGUAGCAGAAGACGCAGUAAAGACAGAAAACGUGCAGAAAGUGGUGAAGGCAGGAAAGGUGGGAAAGGAGGGAAAGGAGCUCGCGCCGUGUCACGGAAAUAGUUAUGUCGGUAAAGCUCACCACAAGAGCGCGUCAAACGACAGCGAAGUCCGAAGCUACAGAACAGCUGGCGAUGAAAUAGGCAUCAUUGGGCAAGCCGCAGACGACUGCGCGGUCGACAGCAAGUGUCAGCGCAUAGUGGAAACUAGAUGCCGUCUAGGUGGUGUGUCGAGCACUUGUAAGACUGCAGUGAAGGCGAUUAGAAGUAGCAACGAACGAGCACAAGACCAAUAUCAGGUAAAGGAAAAACAGCAGAAGGAAGAAAUAAAGCAGCAGUUAGAGCAGCUGGAGCAGCAUCAACUGUCAGAGACGAAAUCGAAAGAGGAGCCGCAUCUAAACCAGCAAGAAGAAGACGAAAAUGUUGAGCUACUCUUGUUAUUACCUCUAAGAAAGGAUACGCUGAAAAGCCAACAGGCGUUCAACAGCCAAAACGCUGAUUUGCAUACAGUACCCAAAGCCAAGUCGUACAGCGCCAUGAUUUCGAUUGGUAAAUUAAAGAAUGACGCAGCCACCUCAGGUGGUUAUCUACAAUCCGAGAACGUAUUCUCCUCCUCAGAUGCAGAGUCGGCUGCAAGUGGCGAUUCGGACACGGUAGAAAGCGACGAAAAUAAGCAAACGCACACCAAGCGGUCCAAGACGUGUACCCCCGCUGGUGCCACAACCACAGCGCGCCGGAGUGUGCAGCGAAGCUAUGACAUUGCAAGUGUCGCUGGAGCUGAGGAGCUUAUUGUAAGUCACCUGGACGAUGAUGAUGGUGAGGACGAACGUGACAAAGAAGGCGAUGGUGCUGCAGGUGCGUGCGCGGCACCUCGUAACCGACGGCGUACACAUUCACGGAGCUCCGCUACUUCAACGAAAGACCAAAAUACCAAUACGAGUAGUGAAAAUACAACAACUACCAGCAGUUCGUCCAGCUCCUCUGAGUCUGUGGACUCCGACGAUACUGGCACCAUUGCAGAUAGACGCCCGAAAAGCAAGCAUUUUUCUAAGGUGUUUGUAGUGAAUCAUGUGCCACGCGCACAACGGCGACGCGGCGCCUCCACCUCCAGUGAAAAUGAUACACAAUCGUCGGAUGCAAAUCUUGAGGACUCCUCCGAUAAUGAUACAGACACUGAACGUACGGAUUGUGGUAUAGUGUUGAAUUCGAUGAAGGUUAUUGGUGAGGAGUUGGAGGAGACCAGAGCGGCGGCUGCUGCUGGUGCGGGUGCUUGGCAAUUGGCAGCGCAUGAAAGUGAGAGUGAAGAGGAUGACACAAGCACAAGCAUGACAAGUGACAAUGAACGCCAGUCAGCGCACAGUGAUGAGUGUGUUAGUGAGAAUAGCGCUGACGGCGGUAAACGUAACCACGAACCAGGCGCGACGCUCGCCAAAAGUGUAUGCCACAAACGCGCCAACAAAUAUGUAGCCACUACAGCGGCCGAUGAGUUGGCCAAUUGUAUUAUUGUCGUUGGCGGCGAAACCGAUAAUGAGGGCCCGACUGGCGGUGUGGUAUUGCAUGCUAUGCGAUUGCUGAGCGAUGAAGAGGUAGAGCGGCAGGCAUUCUGUAAACGUGCACAUAAAACAGUCGCUGCGGUAACGUCGAGCAGCAGUAAUAGAGCGCGCGCUGUCGAUGGCACAGUUAACCAGAAAGUGAUGAGCGUUGCAGAAAACAUGCAGACAAGUGUUUCGAAGAAAAAUACAAGCAAAUAUAAUGAAAGCGUUCAGAUGCGUGCUGAAGAAGACAAAGAAAGCAAAAUACAAUGCAGCAAACCGAGUGAAUGUACAACAGCGCAGCAAUCAGAGCAAUUAAAAUCAGCAAAAGCAACGAGAGAAAAGCCAGAUUUCACGAUGCGCGCAAUGGAAACAGCAACAAAAACAGAUGCGUCCAACAAAACAGCUGUUGCAAUUCAGGCAACCACAAAACAUGCCAUUCAAACCGAUGCGCCCACGUCGCUGAUCUCGUUUGAUUUCAGCGCGCAAGUAACGACAAUAGCAACAACAGCAAUAUCUUCAGAGGAUUGGGCAAUCGACACACAGGAGGCAUGCGAUGAAUUGCAUAGCAUUUCGAAUGACGUUAAUCGCUUGCUGGCGCUUACAAAACAGAACUCCGAGCUAGAGCUAAAAUUUCAAAAAUUACGACGCGGCGUGCAAGAAAUCAACCAAGACCAUCUGUGCGACGCGGGCGAGUUAGCGAGCGCGAAGGUAGCGACGGACGCUACUACGCCAAUUAGCACUUUAAGGUCUUCUCCCAACAGAGUAACACCAGAGCGCCGCAAGCUGAACGAUAUUGAUGACGACAAUAGCGCUGGCGACGGCGUUAGCGUCGAGAACAAUGAUGAUGCAACGAAUAGUGUCGCGAUUAAAAAAACCGGUGGCGCGGCGAACGAAGCGAAAUCCGACGCGGUGCUUACUAGUUCAGUGCGGUGUGAAGAAAAAGAAGCACAACAACAGCUACAAAACAAUUGCGGUAUGCUUAUGCAUGAAACUAAAAAUAAACUACAAACAGGUUGUACCACAACAACAACAAAAGAAACAAAUAGCGCCAAGCAAGAGGCGCAAGCGGAGAAGAAAGCAUUAAAUGAAUUUGCAACAAAUGAAAAAGUAAUAGGGCAGCGCGAGGCAUCUGAGGCGAAGAAGGUCGAGCGCGCAAGUGCGCUGGGAGAAGAGCAAGCGCGCUGCACUGCGCCAAAUAUUAUGCCGCUCGACGGGAGCACACAAAGCAUAACGCGCGGCGCGUUGCAUUAUAAAAAAGAAAAUACUGAAACAGAAAAUAAAGAAAUAAAUCAACAUGAAAAACUGCAUGCACAACAGCAGCAACAACAACAACAAACGGCUGACCAACUAAAUGCAGGCACAACGUGUCUGCCGCGCCGCUUGGCUGCCUCAGCGACUGACGUAAGUAACGAGCGCCAGGCAAACAAAAGACGCACAAGUGGUUCUAAUGAAAAGGUAACAGAAGUAGAUGUACAACAACAACAGCAAGCACAACAAAAGACUAUGAGCGUGACGAAAGUAGAUAAACAAGUUGUUUGUGCUGAAAACAAAAGAACAGCACACGAAACUGUGGAAGAAGUGGAAGAAAAACAAACUAAUAAAAACACAACAACAACAGAAACAAUAAAAACAAUGCAGAGCGUGCAUGCCGAAUCACUUCAAAGGUGUGUAGUAGCACUUAAAACAGAUUACAAGAAAAAUGAUGAAGAAAGAGAAGAAGAAGAAGCAGCAGCGGCAAAAAUAAAUGAGCGUCGAACCAUACGAAUGUCGGCGCAAGGAGAACUGCAAAAACAAAUAACAGGUAGCUAUAAAACAGCUGAGCAACGCGUUGGUGAAGAAAAUAAAAGCGAAAUCGGUGAAGAGUGCAAAACACACGAAGACAAAAGUGAAAAAGAAAAAUAUGGCCAAGAAGAAAUACUUAACGAAAAAGUAAUAAAUAAUGAAGCAGUGGACGAGAAAGAAAAAGUUACUGAAGAGAAGCAUCAAAUAGAAACAGAAACACAAGCAAAAGGGGACAACGAAAAAGAAAUCUUAACAGCAGCAAACGAGGAAUCAGCCACAGAUCUCUACCAUCUACUCCACCAGCGUCCGCCACCAGCCUGGCUGAGUCGCUUCAGUGAAGCAUGCAAAACGACUAAUGAACCACCACCACAAUCGCUCUCCGGCUGUUUUAUGGACUCGUUAGAGCCAACGAGCAUGCCUGGAAACACUAUAAUCAACACAGCAACAUCAACAACAGCAACAACAAUCGCAGCAGAAAACACAGCUAAAACAGCCGAAACUAACGAUCGUAAAACACCUGAGCAAAUUAUUUACACUAAGUCCAUAGCGGCGGACAGGUUGAGCGCGCCGUCGACAGCAACCACACGCCGUCCAAUAUUGGAAGCAACUGAAGAGCGUGUUCAAGCCGCACAGGUAGACGACAAAGAGCAAAUAUUGCAUAUCAUUGAAGAGUCCGAAGGUGAGUGUGAGCGCGCGAUGAGUGACGUGACGACUGCGUCGGUGUCGUCGUCACAAACAAUAAUUCACAAUUUUGAAGAGCUCGAACAGGCAAACGUCACUACAGGUAGUCGAGUAACCAACAGUAACAGCAAAGACAACAACAACAGCAGCAGUAAUGCAGUCACUCAGUUGGCUAACAUCGUGUCGACGAGCCGAGGCGCAGCGAACACAUCGACUGCGGCCGUGGAAGCCGUACGCGCAGCGUCUAGCGCUAGUGUAUUGGCCAACUCGUUGUGUUUAGUUGAAAAUGAAAUGUUAAACGUGAAAGACCACAGCGUAGACAACGAGGACGGUGGUGCGAGUGCGAGUGUGAGUGCGACCAAUAAUAAUAAUAAUAACGGUGGUGUUGUUUUAAUAGAGCCCAAACAAAGGUUUAGUGCAAGUUUACAAAGCACCGACGAGCAGCAAAUCGUCGAAGAAGAAAAAUUAUCAAUAAAUAAAGGUAGAUCGAAAAUUGAAGAGCCCACAACGGCGCUCCAAGUGCAAAAUAUUCCACACAAUUCGACUGUGGAUGAUAGUGGUAAUAGUGCGGUGGUGAGUGAAGUGCAGAUCGACGAGAGCCAACAACAAAACGCAAACGACGAAAUUGUAUGUGACGACGACAACAACGCUAAAAGUGUUACAAAAGCUCAACAACCCAAAGUGUUGGUAGUGAAAAAUAAUCAAAUAAUAGCAAACGCUGACGAAAAAGCUAACGAACGCGAACGCGAGCGUGUAAGUGAACGUGAACGUGAACGCGAACGCGGUUACGGUGAGCGCGCGGACAAGGUGUCGUACGAAACGAGGGAAACUAACGUUUUAGACGACGAUUACGGGCUUGGAAACGCUUUGAAAAAACAACAAAAGCAGUUGAAAUCGCCCAGUAAAAUAACUUCCACCAGCAAAGUGGAGUUCGGCGAGGAGUAUCACGAGGACAGUGCUGGCGGUGUUCUAGGGCAGACAACUGUAGAAGGUGCGCCAGGAGCUGUGCAUACAAGCUACACACCUCGUUUCAGCGUCAACAACAGCAACGACCAAACCGAAACUAUAAGCCAAUUUGAUAGCAUUUUUGGUGGUGGUAUUUCGGCCGCACCCACAACACGCACGAAAUCCACGCUGGCGGGUAGUAAUUCUACUUCCAACUCAGUCGCGACCACAUCACUUUCGGCCAAAUAUCGCAGUUUGAUUAUGAUUACAAAAGACAACAACAGUUCAAUUGGCAGCGGUAAUGACCUCUUGGCCAACAGCGAUGGCAGUGGCAGCAUUGCAUUCGCGGACAAAUCGCAAGCCACCACCACAACCACAACAAUAACAACUAUAGAAUCUGCCGCGACACGUGUAAGACAAGGCAUACAAACACAUGACGGUCGGUACGAUGUUGGUGGUGACUCGGCGUGUGUUGGUAGCAGCCCGAAUGGUGGUAGUAUUAUACGAUUGAGUGGUUAUGAGGCGAAUAUGCCGAGCAGCAGCAGCAGCCAUGCAAAUCGCGAUAGUAAUUCGCCCACGGCUACACAAAGAACAAGUUUUAGCUUAACCACGAGCAAGCCAAGCAGUAGUAGUGCUGGCGAUGAGUCACUGAAAGCGCCUACUGCGUCGUCCCGCCUGUACGUCUCGUCGCCCUCAGCAUCGCUGCCGUCAGCUGUUCGCAAUACAAUAACGACAUCCAGCAGCAAUAGUAGUCGAGUGACGUUAUCUUACGAUGCGGGCGACGUCAACGAACACACGACGCACUAUCCCGUCAACACUGUAGAUUUAUUGCGCGAUCAGAAAAUCGUAUAUGGUUAUACGGCCGGAGAGGAAGAAGAAGAUUUCGACCAACUUUCAAAUGGCCGUGGCAGCGGAAGGAGUAGUCGCGCGGAUGGCAAUGAUGAUGGUGACUUCCUCGACGACGAAGAUGAUGAUGUAAGGCAAGACAGUAAGUCCAAAGCUGUUUGCCUGGAAGAUGGUCUUGCCGACGAUGACUCCUGGGUGGAGGAGAUAAGCCAACAAGGUGAUGUGGAUUUUGGUGAUGACACUACGCCUACCGCUUCGGAUUCAGAGGAUUUGAGCGUAGAUGGCGAUGACACCGUUUUGGCUAAUGGCAUGUUUAUCGAUCGUGAGGAAGAGUUGCGUGGCUAUCACCGCUCGACAAUCGAUUUUACGCUGCACACAAUAGUUGAGGAGAGUUGUGAAGAGAGCGAAGUCGCUUCUUUGCGUGGCGCUGAGGAUGUGGGCGAAGAAGAGGAGUUGGAUGAGCUGGAGCGGCGGCGACAGCGCACUAUUAAUCACCAUAAUCGCUUGUCCGCCUCGGAUUUGGAGAAAUAUUUCUUCUUCGAUCUCGGCGAUGGCAAAGUGAUGAGUUCGAUUGAUACACGUGGUGAUGAUACAGCCUCUGAGGUUAGUAGUGAGUGCUCGGAAGGUCUCGACUCGUUGGGCAUGCCCGAGGAUCAUACGAAUGAUAGCAAUAGUGCUGCUGAGCUUGCGUCAUCGCGUCUGGAGAAAUACUUCCUCUCCGGCUUCAUGGGCUUUAGUGCGAGUGAAAAGAAUGAAUCGGAUGAAAGCGGUAGCGUCGGUAGUGAUAGUGAGGGUCAUCCCAGCCCCAGUCAGCGUCGCAAACGUUUGGUACGUGCACGUGGCACUCCACGUUCACAUAACUCCUCGCUAGACAAUCUGCUGGUUGACUCGCAAUCACUGCCAGCCGAUUCCCUAGAGCCCAGCCUAUUGCCCUCAACUGCCAGUGAUUUGCUGGACUCCUCCGAGUCGGAGGCGUGUGAUGAAACUGUGCUGCAUGUGAGUAGCGGCGGUGAAAAGGCUUUCGAAAGCAAUUCUUCGGAUACGAUCAAACGGAAGAAACAGGUGCGUAAACGUCACGAUUCGCUGGAUGAAAAGAAACUGCACGACUCCGCCGAGGACGCCAACAAAGUAUCUGGAUCAAAUGCUGAGUGCCGUACGCCCACCCCUGGUUCCAUCAGCAAUGCACAAGCAAAGAAACAGCAGCAUCACAGUCGCGACAGCGGUUUUGUCGGUAGCAAUGAUGAUUUACUGAAGUCACCCGAAAGCGAGCAGCCUACGACGAGCACAGCAACGCGCACGAAGUCACCUACAGCGCUGGAACAGAUAGAGGAGGUAAAAGAAACGCCACAAGCCACAACCAGUUCGGCUAUUGUCUUGCCGGAAGUACGCAUAACCGCGCCAAAUGACACUGCCACGACGUUGGGCUCCACACUGCAAGCGGAUGGCCUUACAAACAAACCGCCGCUACCACCCACAGCCAACGCAAGUUUGGUACGCAAAGAUAGUUUCAACAAUUGGAGUUCGGAUGAAGAGACCAAUUUGAUGAUGUCGAAGAUGCGUCAGUUCUUCAAAACACUGGUUGUAGCCACUGCGAAUGCACAGCAAACCUACGGUUCAGCGAAUAACUCAAAAGGUACCACACCGAAUCAGACCACUCCCAUAUCGGUGAGACGCAUGAAAGCACGACCUCAAUUGGCUUACUUUGAGAAUGAGCUCACUCGGCUGAUGAAAACUGUGCCGGGCAUAAAUGAUGAGCAAGUGCGUGAGAUCGUUGAGUAUUUGAGCAGUGAGGAUACCUGGUCCGACUCGUGUGACUCCUCAGACUACACCAGCUCUGAUCUCGAAGGCAGCAAUCGUCGUAAGGGUGAGCUGAAAGAGCAAAUUUCAGCGAGCUGUCAGCAAAUAAUAAAUAAAUUCGAAAUAGAUGAAGAAGGGGAUCGUGGAGACGGUGGUCUACUAGAAGUCGAUACACACGGGCUGAAUCCCGACACAGCGUUGGUAUAUCAGAAGCUAGUGGCUUCGUUCUCGAAAAUUGCCGUGGGAAACACAAGCACAACAACAGCCACAGUGACAACAACAACCACCGCCGAGUUGCCAAUACCCAACACCACUGAAGAUAAUGUCACAAAGCGUACAGUGGAGGAGGAUCAAAUUUCAACCGGAAGUACACAAAGCACAGAACGCUCGCCACAGCUGUUCGCUAAGGUAAUGCAACAUAUCGGCACACGUCUCGUCGCGCUAAUGCACGAAGUGAAUAGUGGUAAUGAUUCACAUGGCACCAAUUCACCAAUUGCGCCGCAACGCAACCACCACAAAAGACUUCAAGCGAAGAUAUCGAUUACCACCACUGAGGACGAGGAAGAGGAGAGUCCCUCGGAAAGCGGCGAACAGGCAAAAUCCGCGCGCUACACUUCGCUUCACACUACGCAACAACAUUCCGUUUAUCACCAACAACAACAUCACCAUCAUCACCUACAACAUCCACACCAUCUCUCCCAUCAAACGAAAUCGAACAAAGCCCUACAGGAUGAAGCGAAUAAUCUAGCACGCAGCAAAUCACACGAUCUACUGCUCGACUCAGCAUCCACAUCGGCAGCUUGUAGCAGUGUCAGCGGUAGCAGUACAAAUGCGACGCGACCCCACCAUCAUCAAUCGAGCAGCGGUGUUAGCGAUACCGCCGGCGAGGAGUGUGGCGUCGCUAGCGAUUAUGAACGUUUCUCUUGGCGUGGUAGUUUUGAGUCGGCAUUACUGGCUAAUGGCGAUUCCAGAACCAAACUCAGUCAACUCGAUCGUGACAACUCAUCGUCUGCGUCCGCUUUGGCCGUUGCAAAGCGUCGCUCGGCAGGUGAUCUGUUGUUCAACCACAAAAGUAUGAGUCGCGAGCAAUUGGAUCGUGUGCGUUCAUGCGGCAGCAUCGGCGGCGGUGAUGAGCGACAUCAAGAGCUAGAAGCUUCGCCGGCUAAGCCAUGGGUUAGCACUACCGACUGUAAGGAUGUGCGGCGCUCUAGUGUGCCAGAUGCUAUAUACGAAUCGGACUCUUCGGAUGACGAUGCAUUUGGUGCACGUUCAACAUUACCACGUAGCUUGUUAGGUGUUACGCAGGUGGCUAGUACAAACUCGUUGCCACGUUUGCCAACAACAAGCGCUGGCGCUGCCUCCACGCCGUCUAGCGCGGGUAUGAGUACCGCGCAAACGGCUAUAGCCACUUCCACGCCGCUCGCCAAGUCACAGGGCGCUUUAAAUUUCAACUCUAGCGGUAGCGCCAAGAGUGCGCGCUACCGUUCGCCAAGCUUGGCGAGUCGUGCCAGUGCAUCGCUGAGCGCCAAGAAAUCCAGCGCUAGCUUAGGGUUGCAACAUUUCCUCUACUCGAAGCGCGAUGCACGCAAGCGGUUGAAUAUGUCGGGCGAGGAAGCAAAAGCCGCCGCUGAGGAAUCCACUCAAUCGCCAGUUAUUGGUAAGCGCAAUGAAUCCACCGCAAGUCCCAUUCAGUCACGUGGCAGUGGCACCAGCGAAACAUGGCCAGCUCAAUCGGAUGAGGACAUCGAUCGUUUGGUGGCGAUGCAUCAGAAUCGUGAUAGCCUCAGUUCAUUGGGGCUCCGCUCCGACUCCAUGGCCAGUGUUUACUCCGGCGCCGGUGAAGGACGCUAUGGCACGGUGGUUGUCAAAGGUCAAGUUGAAUUCGGUAUACAGUAUAACUAUAAGCUUGGAGCACUGGAAAUACAUGUGGUGCGUUGUAAGGAUCUCGCCGCAGUCGAUGCCAAGCGCAAUCGUAGUGAUCCCUAUGUGAAGGUCUACCUGCUGCCCGACAAAUCGAAGGCUGGCAAACGUAAAACCAAAGUCAAGAAACACACCCUCAAUCCGAUCUUCGAUGAAAUUUUACGCUUCCAUAUGCCCAUUUCAAGUUUGGAGUCGCGUACACUUUGGCUCACAGUUUGGCAUUCGGAUAUGUUUGGCCGUAAUGAUUUUCUCGGGGAAGUAAGCGUUAAUUUACAAGGCAAAGUAUUCGAUAAUCCACAAUCACAAUGGUAUUUGUUGCAGGAGCGUAGUGAACCCUUCGACGAGAUCGCCACCUAUCGCGGUGAUAUUGUUGUUGGCCUAAAGUAUAUACCACCGGAGAAUGUACGUCCGGGCUUUAUGCGUAGCGCCUCCACCAGCAGUGGAAGUUCGAAUUUGCGUAAAUUCGGUAGCAUUAAAUCGGUGGCAUCACGCACCGAUCGCUCGUCCAAAGGUGGCCAGUUGCAUGUGCUCGUUAAAGAGGCGAAACACUUAAGUCCGAUCAAAGUGAAUGGCACAUGCGAUGCUUUCUGUAAGAGUUACCUGCUGCCUGAUCGCACGCGUAGCUCAAAGCAAAAGACACCGGUCGUUAAACGUUCAUUACAUCCCACAUGGAACUAUACAUUCAUCUACGAGGACGUAUCGCUGGACGAUUUGUCCGAACGCGCUUUGGAAUUAACUGUAUGGGAUCACGAUCGUUUGGCGAGUAAUGAAUUCCUCGGUGGCGUACGAUUUUCAAUGGGAACCGGUAAAAGCUACGGCCGUCCCGUCGAAUGGAUGGACGCAACUGGCAAGGAGCUCUCUCUAUGGCAAAAUAUGAUUGAUCGACCCAAUUUCUGGGUUGAAGGCAGUUUAAUAUUAAGAUCGACCUUAGAUGGUAUACGUGCAAUACCGUAAACGUAUUAGUAGUGCACACAUACACUUUUAUAGGCAUGCACAUACAUAUACACGUAUAUAUAUAAGAUAUAUAUAUAUAUAGAUUUAUAUAUAUAUAUAUAUAUAUCCUAAGUAAGAAUGAAAAACUUUUGUACCAGUACAAUUUAUAGCUGAGCGUAGCGAGCAACUCUUUUUUCUUAAGUGAAGAGACCCAUUUGAAAGGAAAAGACGAAAAAAUAUUAAAGAAUUUGCAAAAAGGAACAAUUGAAACAUAUGCAUGGAAUAACUGCUAGCAUAUAUAUGUACAGCAAUAAUGUGUAUGUUUUAGCAUACUUUUAUAAUGAAAAAAAGAAAAUAAUAUGAAAUUACCACUGCUUAUAUAAAUACAAAAUACAAAAUACACCAUACAUUAAUCAUGUUUGCAACUGAAAAGCAUUAUAGCAUUUAGAAAAUGUAUUAGUGAACAACAAAUUACGUAGAAAUUGUGUUGGAGUUCAAAAAAAAAAACAAUAAUAAUUUAUAUAAGUAAGUAAGUGCUGAAAAGGCAAUUGAAGUGAAACAUACAUACUAAUGUACUAUGUAGAAAUAUUUAAUAUUAAAAAAAAACAUAAAAUGAAUUUUAUAAUAAACAAAAAAACGGAAAAUCAAUAAAUUAAUUUUGUAAAAAAAAAUACAAACAACGUACAUCCAACUACGCCAAAUGGUUUUGGCAUAAAAAGUUAGUUCGAAAACUUCUUUAUGAAUUGUGCGGAUUUUGGGAACGAUUUCGAAUACUCGAAUAAGAUGAAUUUGAAAAAGUAUCAUACAUACAUACAUAUGUAUGCAAUAAUUUUAAUUAUUAGCAAUAAGGCAGUCGAGUAACUACAUAAAUAGGAUAGGAGAGGACAAAAGUGAU